CCUCAUCGCACUCCACCCAUCAACAGACUCCCAGAACACUAUCCAGGUUCCCUUUUUUCUGUCUGCUUUUCUGUCUUCCUAUCUUUCUUUUAAUUCUUGACUUGUCUUCCAUUAAGGUUUCUUUCGUAUCGCUCAUUCUACAUCAAUUCAAGCCUCUCAGAUCAUGACCACAGACUCAAGCUCCGCCGCUAUAUCUACGCCCAGAUCCCGGCCCCGUGCUGCGACGACGGUGCAACCAGCUCCCACCCUCCACUCGUCCCUUUCUUCCCGACGCUCCUCACAAGUCAUGGCCCCUCUUACGCUCUCGCCCACUCUCAACGCCUCAGCAGCAAGCCCGAUGCCGGGCGCUGGGGAACAAGACUCACGGGCAGCCGCAGUGUCUGGCCCAUUGCGUCAUCCCAAGCCGCUGACCCCAUCCGAUAUCCACUCAAUGUUGGAGCAAGAGCAAGAAGCAAUGGUUAACCGGCUAUCGAGAGAGCUCUCCCUUCUUCGCCAACAAACAGCCUCGGUCGCAUCGACCACAUCAUCAACAUCGACUACACUCAACGAUCCCAUGGACUCGCUGCACGCCUCCCAGUACAUCAUCAACUCCACGGUUCCGACGACUUCGCGCAGACAUCGCUCCUCCUCCAGCCUCAGUUCCUCCUACAUCCCCGCGGUUCAAGGGUCACGGACGGGCAGCGGGUUCGGAAUCGCACCGUCGAGAGAGACACAGCUACCGUCAACCCGCACGGACUCGGCGCGCUCGGGGAGGAGUCGAGAGUCGUCGCUCACUUCUCGACAAUCGGACGCAGCACUGUCGCAGCAUCACUUUCCAUCUACCGACCAGCUUUCACCCUCCAUAGGGGGGUUCCCGCACCGGAACUCGCUCAAUCAGCAGAAGAGCCCUGUUAUUCCAGCCUCUCGCCACGAGGAGCUCCUCGCCCAGCGGGAAGAAGUAGAUUUGCUGAAGCGGGAGAAUGAGAGUCUGCGCCGACGUGUGCGGGAACUGGAGCUGAUAGUUCGAAAUUCUCGAGAACAGGAGCGUGCUAUAGACCACGACACUCAGAAUUCAGCGCGCUCCGACGGAGAACAGGGGAGGGAGGCACUAAAGCUUGAAGAUUGAAGGGACUCAUUUGUGGUGGUAUGGCUCGUUCUUCCGAUGUUGAAGUUUGCAAGAACCGUGUUCUUCAUUGGUCUUGCCAGGUGCUCAAUCAUCAACCUGAACCAAUAGAUUAUUCUUUCUUCGGCGUACCAGAUUUUGGGGCUUGGAAUUCUAG